UUCUCUCAUACUCUCUCUCCAUCUUACUAAUUUUCUUGUCUUUCUUUCAUUCUCUCUCUCCUUCCAUCAUUCUCUCUCUUUCUCUUUACAUUUAAAGAAGUUGAUGAUGAUUUGCAAGUCCACAAAUGGUAAAAGGAGACCAAAACCAGUGGUUCUUGAGAUGUGCUUACUCAUUGGAAUAAUGGGUCUGUGUUUGCUGGUGGUGAUGCUCAUCAUCAGAAACUUACAUUCACAUAAGAUUAGGUUUGAGAAGGGAAUGGUUUAUGUAAAUGGAACAACUUCCAUUGGUUUCGUGGAUCAAGAUUUCAUCUGUGCUACUUUGGAUUGGUGGCCUCCUCAGAAAUGUGAUUAUGGAACUUGUAGCUGGGGAACUGCUUCUCUCCUCAAUUUGGAUCUUAACAACAAAAUCUUGUUAAAUGCAAUCGAAGCCUUUUCUCCUUUAAAACUUAGAUUGGGAGGCACUCUUCAAGACAAGGUGAUGUACCAAAUGGCUGGGAAUCAAGAACCAUGUCCCCAAUUCAAUGGGAGUCCUAAAGAGUUGUUUGGCUUCACCCAGGGUUGCUUACCCUUGUCUAGAUGGGAUGAACUCAACAUUUUCUUUCAAAAAUCAAAAGCAAAGGUUAUAUUCGGGUUGAAUGCGUUAAGUCAGAGACACGUAAGCAUGGAUGGUUCUGUCGUAGGACCAUGGAACUCGAGCAAUGCUGAAGCUCUGAUGAAAUACACUGUCGACAAGGGUUUCACUAUUCAUGGUUGGGAACUUGGAAACGAAUUGAGUGGGAAUGGAAUCGGAGCAAGAAUAAUGGCAGAUCAAUAUGCAUCGGAUACAAUUUCUCUUCAAAACUUGGUGCAAAAUAUCUACAAGAGUUUUGAAGUUAAACCGAUUGUUCUUGGACCAGGAGGAUUCUUUGACGCAAAUUGGUUCACUGAGUAUGUAAUGAAAUCAAACGGUUCACUUCAAGCGAUUACACAACACAUCUAUAAUCUUGGUCCAGGGGUUGACAAUGACUUGGUUAACAAAAUAUUGGAUCCAUCAUGUCUGGAUGGAGGAUCACAACCCUUGAGAGAUCUUCAAAAAAUCUUGAAGGAAUUCGGAAAUUCAACUAUAGCUUGGGUCGGUGAAGCAGGAGGUGCAUAUAACAGCGGUCAUGAUCGUGUCAGCAACACUUUCAUUUUUAGCUUUUGGUAUUUGGAUCAACUCGGGAUGGCAUCUUCAUAUGAUACUAAAACGUAUUGUAGACAAUCGUUAAUAGGAGGGAACUAUGGACUUCUUAACACCGUCACAUUUGUCCCCAAUCCUGAUUACUACAGUGCGCUUCUUUGGCAUCGGUUGAUGGGAAGACAUGUUCUAUUGACAAGUUUCGAUGGCACAAAAAAGAUUCGUUCUUACGCUCAUUGCUCUAAACAUUCAGACGGGAUUACCUUGUUAUUGAUCAACCUUGAUAGUUAUACAACAACUGCAAUUGGUCUUUCAGUUGAAAACGUGACAAUGAUAACGGCAUCAAACCAACUAAAACAAACACAACGAACACAAUCCUUUCAAAGUUCUAGCAACGAGUUUACAAGAGAAGAGUAUCACCUAACGGCAAAAGAUGGAAAUUUGAACAGUCAGACGGUACUACUAAAUGGAAAAGAAUUAUCUGUAAAUUCUACUGGGAUCAUCCCUUCGCUAGAUCCAGUAGAAGUAAACAUCUCAAACCCGAUCAUCGUUGCUCCUUUCUCUAUUGUAUUUGUUCAUAUGCCUGACAUACACCUUCCAGCUUGUACAUAAUUGAAAUAUACAUUAAUAAGCAUUUAG